AUGGGAGCUAUCGGCAGAGACCAGGGCUCCGCCGCUGUGCUUCGUGGAGAUGCAGGAUGCUUUUUGUGCUGUGGGCUUCCGUGGCACUGUAGCCUAGAGGCCCCAGAAGCUGCUGUAGCAGCUGGGAGGAAGGAGCCAGCAGACAGGCAGUGCCUCUUGUCUUCCUGGAAGGAGGAUGCUGGGAGGAGGGAAAUGCACCUUGUGAUGAGAAUGAUAAAUUGCCCUAAUCCGGUCUUCACAAUGGCUGUGGUUAAAGAGUCAGAGCCAUUUGAUUGGAUUCAGUGGCUGCCUGGAAUGUGGGAGCACCAUUAUAGUAAGCUUGUCUGUUGUUUUCAGGUUGAUCCCCUGUUUACAGUGCCUGCACCUCCACCUCCGAUUUCCAGCAGUAUCACACCUCAGAUUCUGCCUUCCUACUUUUCCCCAUCUUCAUCCAAUAUUGCAGCACCAGUCGAGCAGCUUUUGGUACGGACACGUUCAGUGGGGGUAAAUACUUGCGAGGUUGGAGUAGUAACAGAACCCGAAUGCCUUGGACCCUGUGAGCCUGGGACCAGCGUGAACUUGGAAGGAAUUGUGUGGCAUGAAACUGAAGAAGGUGUCCUGGUGGUAAACGUUACAUGGAGGAACAAGACUUACGUGGGAACACUGUUGGACUGCACAAAGCAUGACUGGGCCCCUCCUAGGUUUUGUGAAUCGCCAACAAGUGACCUGGAAAUGCGCGGAGGACGGGGCAGGGGAAAGCGGGCAAGGUCUGCUGCAGCUGCGGCUGUGCCUGGGAAUGAUGCGAGUUUUGCAGAGUCCAGAGGACUUCAGAAUAAAAAUCGAGGCGGUGCCAAUGGGAAGGGGAGGAGGGGCAGCCUUAACUCAAGUGGGCGUAGAACACCCCCAAACUGCGCCAUGGAUGAAGUCAAAGCCAGCCCCUCGUCCACAAACAAGAGGAAAACUAAGCCUCCUAUGGAGCUGGAUUUGAACUCCAGUUCAGAGGACAAUAAGUCUGGAAAACGCAUUCGUACUAACUCUAGAAGCACUCCCACCACCCCACAGGGGAAACCUGAGACUACUUUUUUGGACCAAGGCUGCUCUUCUCCAGUGCUGAUUGACUGUCCUCACCCCAACUGCAACAAGAAGUACAAGCACAUUAAUGGAUUACGUUACCAUCAGGCUCAUGCACACUUAGACCCAGAAAACAAACUGGAGUUUGAACCUGACAGUGAAGACAAAAUUUCAGACUGCGAGGAAGCACUGAGUAAUGUGGCACUUGAAUGCAGUGAGCAAAGCACAAACUUGCCAGGCUUUGAUCCACUAAAAGCACCGACAUCUCCUUCCUCCAUUGCUACCCCAGGGACCCCCAAGGGAAAGAGAGAACUGACCAGCAAUGGCCCUGGUUCAGUUAUCAGUUCCAAAACUGGCAAGAAUUCUGGCAAAAAGAAGGGUAUGAACAGUGAAUUGAACAGCCUGCCAGUAAUUUCUAACAUGGCAGCCACGCUGGAUAAUUGCUCAGUAGCAGAUGGCAAUUUGCAAACCGAGAUGCCGAAAUUGGAGGCUGAAGGGUUAAUCGACAAGAAGAGUUUGGGUGAUAAAGGCAAGAAAUCGAACAAUUGCAAAGUGGAUAAAAACCUUUCCAAGCUGAAAACAGCCAGGCCCAUUGCCCCAGCGCCAGCACCAACUCCUCCCCAGUUAAUAGCUAUACCUACUACAGCCUUUACAACCACCACUACAGGGACAAUACCGGGACUGCCCUCUCUAACAACUACUAUUGUUCAGGCUACACCAAAGAGCCCUCCACUGAAACCCAUUCAACCAAAGCCCACAAUUAUGGGAGAGCCAAGCACUGUAAACCCAGCUCUCACAUCACUCAAAGACAAAAAGAAAAAGGAGAAGCGAAAGCUGAAGGACAAAGAAAGCAAAGAGACAGGCAGCCCCAAGAUGGAUUCUAAGCUGGGGAAGCUGGAGGAUUCAAAAGGGUCUGGAAAAGACUUAUCUGGACAUUUUUUAAAGGACCAUCUCAACAAGAAUGAAGUGCUAGCUAAUGGACUGUCAGAGUCUCAAGAGAGCAGGAUGGCAAGUAUUAAGGCUGAAGCUGAUAAAGUUUACACAUUCACAGACAAUGCGCCCAGCCCUUCCAUAGGGAGUGCCUCCAGGAUGGAAUGCAGCACUUUGGUGAAUGGACAAUCUGCCAUGGCCCCACUGCACGUGUUGACACAGAAUGGCGCAGACAGCACGGCCGCUAAAACCAACAGCCCUGCUUACUCAGAUAUUUCUGAUGCAGCUGAUGAUGGUGGCUCUGACAGCAGGUCAGAGGGCAUGAGGUCAAAGGCCAGCUCUCCAUCAGAUAUUAUUUCUAAUAAAGAUGGUGUUGUUAAAGGACAUUCUUCAACCACAGCACAAUCAGCUCAAGCAAAAGAGUCUCAUUCUCCCUAUUACCAUGGCUACGAUCCUUAUUAUUCCCCGAGUUACUUGCACUCUGGACAGGUCAGUGCCCCAGCAGCUGGGAACAGCAGUACCCCACAGGGGAUGAAAAUUAAAAAAGAGGCUGAGGAAGAGUCUGAAAAGAAAGAGAAGGCAGAAUCAUCAGAUGCCAAGAAAAGCGAAAGCACUUCCUCUAAUUUGCAGCCACAACAUCAGUCAGUUAUAACUCAAAGACAUCCUGCACUUGCUCAGUCACUUUAUUAUGGACAGUAUGCCUAUGGGCUCUAUAUGGACCAAAAGUCCUUAAUGGCCUCCAACCCUGCUUACAGGCAGCAGUAUGAAAAAUACUAUGAGGACCAGAGACUAGCAGAACAGAAAAUGUCACAAAGUGGGAGGGACUGUGAAAGGAAGAAUGACCCUCCCAUGAAGGAGAUUGGGAAGGAUGACAGCAAACAGAAGAAUAUUCCAUCUGCCACUAUUUCAAAGGCCCCUUCAACUCCAGAGUCCAGCAAAAAUAAUACUAAAAUAGGAUCAUCGGUUCCUAGCAAAGGUGAGGAGACAAGCAAAUCACAGAUCCUUUCCAAUCACCAGCAGCAGCUUCAGUCUGACACUUUCAAAGCCAAACAAAUGGAAAACCACCAGCUUAUAAAGGAGGCUGUGGAGAUGAAAUCUGUUAUGGACUCGAUGAAGCAAACAGGAGUAGAUCCAACCACAAGAUUUAAACAGGAUCCAGAUUCACGAACAUGGCAUCAUUAUGUCUAUCAGCCCAAAUACCUUGAUCAGCAAAAAUCAGAAGAACUUGAUCGUGAGAAAAAGUUAAAAGAAGACAGCCCUAGAAAAACACCUAACAAGGAAAGUUCCCUGCCUAACCUUCCUGUCUCAUUAGCAAGCAUUAAAGAGGAGCCUAAAGAGGUCAAGCGUUCUGAUUCUCAAUCAGUGGAUGAGAGCAAGAUAAAAAACGAUGAUCAAAAGACUCCUGUAAAUUGGAAGGACUCUCGGGGUGGUAGAGUAGCAGUUUCCUCACCAAUGAGUCAGCAUCAGUCAUACAUCCAGUACUUGCAUGCUUAUCCGUAUCCGCAGAUGUACGAUCCCAACCAUCCGGCCUAUCGCGCAGUCUCUCCAGUCCUAAUGCACAGCUAUCCUGGGGCCUAUCUCUCUCCAGGAUUUCAUUAUCCAGUUUAUGGGAAGAUGUCAGGGAGAGAAGAGGCAGAGAAGGUCAAUACCAGCCCAAGCAUCAAUGCAAAAUCAACCACUGAGUCCAAAGCACUGGAUUUGCUCCAGCAGCAUGCCAACCAAUACCGCAGCAAGUCACCUGUUCCUGUGGAAAAAUCACCAGCUGAGCGUGAACGGGAAGCAGAAAGGGAACGGGACCGCCAUUCUCCUUUCAGCCAGCGGCAUCUCCAUACACACCACCAUACACAUGUUGGAAUGGGCUACCCCCUUAUACCUGGACAGUAUGACCCAUUUCAAGGAUUGACCUCUGCUGCCCUUGUUGCCACUCAGCAGGUGGCUGCACAGGCAUCUGCAUCUGGUAUGUUUCCUGCACAAAGAAGAGAAUGAUGAAUUUGGGGAUGAACAUUGUCAUGUGACUGGUUCACAUGAGGAAGCGCUUUAUUACAGACAUCAGUUCCAUGGUGUUAAUUUGAAAUGCCUUAAUGGCAGGCAAAAACCAGUCAUUUCAUUUUUGUAAAUUGCAGAUUUUAUCACAGAGUAACAAAUGUUGCUGUAAUUAGACUUCUGUUUUUAUAUAUAUAUAUAUAUGCGUAUAUAUAUAUAUACAUAUAUAUAUAAAAAUAUAUAUAUAUUCUUUACUUUUUUUGUAUCAGUACCAAGGCUCGCACACAGGGUCUGCUGCUAAGUUGCGAACCACACACUAAAUGGAGAUAUGUAUUUGUCAUGUUUAGAAGGCGUUAACCGCAAAAGGCUGUUUGUUUCUUUUUUCUUCUUCUUCUUCCUUUCCUUUUUCUUCUCUCUUUUUUCCUUUCCAAUUGUAAAUAAAUAAUGUUAUGUAUCAGUGUGCCUGAACCUUGCAUACCCUUCUGGUAUUUCCCACAAGCUCUCAGAGAGGCUAACUGUGAUGACACUUUGGUACAAUGUAGAUGUCUAUUUGGUGGUUCCUAUUAAGAUGCAUCAGUGUAAAAUGUUACUGUAUUCACUGUUUCAUUGUAAUUGUGUAUUGUGAAAAAUAUACCUUUGGAAGGCAUGGGGAUUCUAGUACCACAAAAACUGUGUUGUAUAUAAUGUAUAGAUUUUAAAUGGAGAUAAUGAGCAUCUGUGAAUAAUGAAAUGUCUUUUUUGAUAAUCUUGAAUGGCAGAUAUCCUAAUAGCCUGCAUAUGAGAAGACAUCUGUGAUUGUUCUAUUACUUGAAUAGUCCUGCAGUCUUUUUUUUAAUGUUUACAAUUACCCAGAUUUAGAGGAGAGACUUUAAUGCCAUUACCUGUUUACUUGUUUUAUGCUGUAACCUAGUUUAUUUUAUGUAAAACCUAUAUCAAAUGCUUUCAUUUUUUUACUUGCCUUAAAUAAUUUGGCAAUCAGAAUAAUGAAAAAACUUUGAUUUUUUUUUUGUUCUGUUGGUUUUGUUUUUUUGGUUUUGUUUUUUUUAUUAUUAUUAUUAUUUCUGGGUGUUCUUGAGCCACUUUGAAAGAUGUGUCAUAGCUGUAGAUAGCAGAGGGUGCAGCAAUGGCACAGCUCCUAGUCAUGCUCCUGCUGGGCCUGUGCCAUUGUCCUCUCCCAGCAGGCAGUGCAGGGUCCAAGCCAGAUGGGAGAUGGACCCCUUUCUGUUGACCCUGAUAGGCUCAAAAAGCCCAUGGUAACACUUUGGAUGGUAUUAGUGGAACUGAAGUCUCUAAUACCUGUUUUAGAGCAGCUCUGUAUGCUAUAAAUUAUAGGCAAAUUUUUUCAUAUUAUAUCUGUAUUACCCUUCCCCCAAAAAAUGAAUGGACGCCUAAAAACAGAGGACCUGUCAAUUAGAAAAAAACUUCCUUUGCUGUGUCUAACCUGCAUUACCACAAGAUAAGUAUUUUACUAGGCUAUACCACCUGUUUGGUUACAAUGCAGUUAACAUAGUACACAGUAACAUGAAAUUGCUAAUUGUGGCAAGAAAAAAAAAAAAAUCACAUUUACUGGUCAGGUUUUUGAGGCUUUAACUUUUUUUCCUUUUCUGCAUAUACCGGUUACAUUGAUUGUCAAAACUGGUUCUUAAAGUUUUACUGUUUCUUUUUUGUUUGUGUUUGUUGGGGUUUUUUUUGACAGGGUGAAUUACUGCAAGUUAAAGAUUGUUCUUGAAGUUGGUUACGUUUCUUCUACCUUGUGAAUACUUAAUACAGAAGGAUGAAUUAAAGAUUCCCAACAGACAAGCACACUUGGACUUUUAUAUUACUACGAUGAAUCUGCCAUUAAUAUUGCUAUAAUUGUUUUAUUUUUAUAGGCAUAAAAUCAGUUUCCUUAGUGAAUAGUUAUAAGGUUUAUUGAUUUUUACUACACAUCAUUCAUCUGUGGCUUACUAUUAUUGUCUUGUUCUGAACACAUUCAGAAGUCUCACAGUGGUGACAUACUACAAGUUAGCCUCAUAAAAAAUGGGAAGGAAGGGGUGUUUUCUUUGAAAAAGGGGAUAUUGUGAAUGCAGGGCUCUUGAAAUAAUAAAUGCCUUAUUACUUCUAUAGUAAAGGCUCAGAUGA